AUGUGUGGCUGGAGUGUCGAUUACUUUCAGGAAUUGAAUUCGCUCACGAAUUUGCUCUCUGUUCAAUCGAAUUUUGGCGAGUACAGAAAGGCAUUGAGUAGUUUAGGAUCACACUUUAGGAUUCCAAUUAUAGGCGUUCAUUUGAAAGACCUCGUUGCUGCCACAUGUUGCGGUUCGAACUUCGACAAGACGAUGACUAUCAGUCUGCGAAGGUUGUACCGCCUCGCAACGUUACUUUCCCAUUUUAUGAUCUUCAACCAACGGCAGCAUAAUUUUCCAGAAGCGAAUUUGGACCUGAUCAACACGCUCAAGUGUUUGCUGAAGUGGGCGUCUGGUGUGUCGGCCACUCUCGAUCCAGAAACCGUCAAUAAACACGUUACGGCCAUGGUGGACGCA